CUUUUUUCUCUACAAAACGCAAAAUCAACGAUAUAUUUGCAUUCAGGAAAGCAAAUCAAACAACAGGGUCUCUCUUUUUCUCUCUGUGGGUGUUUUUUAUUUUUAUUUUUUCGUAUUUUUUCUUCUUCGUAGAGAGACGCAGAGAAUGAGAGCUUUGAAUUCACAUUUCGUGCUCAUUGAUCUUCACAACUCAUGGCAUUCCAUACACCAAAUUCCGACAUCCGCACUGGGUUACCUUCAAAAUUCUAACUUCAUUCCCACCGUCUCUUCGUCAUUUCGUCGAACAAGUCGUGCCGCUAAGAGAAUCUCUUCCUCCAAUUCCUCUGCCCCGUCUGUUCGGUCCCCUGAAAUUCGGAGACCGUCUGAUCGGUACUUUUCUGGAAAUGGGUCGGUUUCUAAUUCCCCUAGUUUGGCUUCUACUUCGCGGUCGGUGGUGGCUACGGAGCUCGAGCUGUUUCUUGAGCUGUUGCCUUUGAGGAUGAGGAGGGAGUUGUACAGGCACCAGGAGAUUGGGCAGCUGAUUGAGGUUGUGAUGGAUUUGGGAAGACAGCCGAUUGCUCGGUUUCCUUCCGGGGAUUGGAUCAUCUCGGAAAAGCCUAUAAAGCAUGAAGACUUACUGCAUGCGAUCUCUAAGGUUGGUGAGUUUUCUGAUGACAACCGUUCGGGUAUUGAUAAUUCUUUACAUCGUAUAAGUGCUAUACGAAACCGCAAACUGCAAAUAAUCGGCCUCACUUGCCGGGUGGGCAGAGCUGUCUCUGGAAGUGCUGAGAUUAUCCGUGACUUAGUUGAGGGGGGAGGUUCCAUCUUGGUCAUUGGACCUCCUGGAGUUGGCAAGACAACCUUAAUCAGAGAAAUAGCAAGAAUGUUGGCAGAUGAGCACAAGAAGCGAGUUAUUAUUGUGGACACAUCUAAUGAGAUUGGUGGUGAUGGAGAUGUCCCCCAUGCAGGAAUAGGCCGUGCAAGGAGGAUGCAAGUUCCAAAUGUGAACCUGCAGCAUAAUGUUAUGAUUGAAGCAGUUGAAAAUCAUAUGCCUGAAACCAUUAUUAUUGAUGAAAUUGGAACGGAGCUUGAAGCUUUAGCUGCCAGUACUAUUGCUCAAAGAGGAGUUCAAUUGGUUGGAACAGCACAUGGAAUGACGAUAGACAAUAUAAUAAAGAAUCCCUCUUUGCAAAUCCUUGUUGGUGGCAUCGAGAGUGUUACACUUGGUGAUGAGGAAGCAAGGAAAAGGAAAGUGCAGAAGACAAUUCUUGAAAGAAAAAGUCCUCCAACAUUUACAUGUGCUGUUGAGAUGAUAUCUAAAACAGAGUGUCGUGUACAUCACAGAUUAGAUGCUACAGUAGAUGCAAUAUUGGCAGGAAAAUCUCCUCUGUUUGAAAUCCGUCACAUGGUUGCUGAUGCUAAUGAUCCUCCAGAGACAACUCCAGUAUUGGAAAAAUUGUAUAUAGGAAAAUCUGAUUUGAUUACUAAUAGAGGCAUGGUUUCUGAGGAAGAGUCUGAUGCGGAAGGUAUAGACGAUUCUUCCAGCUGGUCCAAGAAACGGAGCAGUGUUGGAUUUGUGAACAAGAAGAUUUCACCAGUGCGCAUCUAUACAUACAAGGUUCACGAGGCUGAUUUACAGCAAGUAGCAAAGGUAAUGGGCCUUGAAGACGAAGUAGAUGUAACUGAUGACAUUGGAGCAGCAGAUGCAAUUCUAGCAUGCGGUUCUGAAAUGAAGAAGAGCCCGUGGAUCCGUGGUGUAGCAAGAUUCCACCAGUUGCCUAUAUUUGUCAUGAAGUCAAACACUAUGGCACAAAUGGUGAAGGCACUUCGCCUGAUACUUGGAAGGGAAUCAUUUGGCUCUUUGUCAAAACGGCCCUUCAAAAGAUCUGUUGACAUUGAAAUUGAAGAUGAUGCGCCAAAAAGAAAACCAUCUCUUGAAGAGAUUGAUGCCUUGGAGGAGGUUCGCCUUGCAAUUGAGUAUAUCGUGAUUCCUGGCGGAGAGCCAGUAGAGCUUCUCCCAAGACCCUCGGAAAUAGUAGCCCGACAGCUUGAGCUAGUGCGGAGUUAUCAGUUGGCAGCUGAAAAUUCAGGUACUGAGCUGAAUCCCAGAUUGCAAAUACUUCCCACGAGAUUAAACAAGAAGACUUGUUCUAAAUCUGUUAAAUCAAGUUCAAGUUUACAGAAAACGACUGACUCUAAAUCACUAACUAGUGAUGGUGGUGGAACUAGUGUAACUAGGCUGCCUCUUUUGCCUGAAUAAGAAGAAAAUAGUUUCCAUUCUGUGACAUGUUUCAACCAUUGAUUGAAAUAAAUGUAUGUACCCUUCCAUGUACAGCCUUGUAAAUUAACUGUAAUCUCAUUUAAUGUAAUUAUUUCAUUCUGAAAAAUAUGUAAUUGCAAAAAAAAAAUUGUAAUGAAAAUGGAUAUUCAAUAUACAAGGAGGUGGAGAAAAAAGAAAAGGAAAAAAAAAAAAAUACUAUCAAAGCUAUUUUCUGCUUUUGUUCCCCAAAUCCCAUUCAGUGACCA